CUUUUCCAUGUUGUUACUUGCUGCUUGCAGUUGCUGCCUAGCAAAUUCAGAGCUGAGGGGAUGCGAAGUUAUAUCUACUUGAAUUCUACCCGGUCUUUGCUACCUAAAAAUAUAAAUUAUAGGCGACCAUACAACCUCCGACCUUUUUUGGCGCCUCCCUUUCCCUAUCCGCCCUGGCCCCGUUUGGAUUAUUUGCAAUUGCAUAACAGACAUAUAGCUGGAUACCAGACGGCUAUGGCUCCAAAACAAGCCACACUGGGCAAGUUCUUUGGACGGCCCGCCGGAUCGCAGCCAGCCGCUCCACGCCAGUCGAAACUUACAUUCUCCACCAAAUCACAUCAAUCAGCUAUCGAUAAUCCAGCUGAUUCGAAAGUCCCAAAUGCAGAGAACCUUCAGCCGAAAAGAGAUACAACUGCUCUCGAAGAAGAAAAUGGACUGAAAACCGAUACGCACCAGAAUAUUGCAGCAGUAAAAGCCGAAUCCGAUCAAGAGACCCCAAGUGUAUCUGAGGUAAAAAGCCCCUCAAAACGCCGACGAUCUUCGUCUAGAUCUUCUUCUAGAUCUCCCAAACGAUCAUUAAUCAAAGAAGAAAACACACCGGAUCGCGAUGAGGAUGAUGAGGAACCAGCAACGAAACGGCUGCGGCGAAAAUUACCCGAAGAGCCUCAGAAGGUCCAACCAAGAAAAGCUAAAUCUGCGGGUACCGCAGGCAGAGAUCGUCGUCGCAGCCAAUCUCCUUCAAGCCAAGCAAAACAACAGACAACACUGAAAAAUGUCAACGAUGUGUCUGCAGCGAUGGAUACGACACCAAACCUUGUACCCCCCGUUGAAGAGGACUCUGCUUCGGAAGCGGAGAUUGAGAACGACUCGGAAGAGGAGGAUGUUAAGCCAGAAAUCGCCGAAAAGGCGCGGGAAAAGGUCCAAUCGACGCUUCAAAACAGUGGCCAAGACCCUUACCCCGAUUGGAAACCAGGGGAGCCGACGCCAUAUGCGGCGCUAUGCACGACGUUCUCUCUCAUCGAAAUGACUACGAAGCGCUUGAUUAUCCUCUCCCAUUGCUCACUCUUUCUCCGUCAGGUUCUUCGUCUGACACCUCAAGAUCUUCUCCCUACGGUGCAAUUGAUGAUCAAUAAACUUGCCCCGGACUAUGCCGGUAUUGAACUCGGCAUUGGGGAAUCGUUGAUUAUGAAGGCUAUUGGAGAGACAACGGGAAGAAGUUUAGCUGUUAUCAAAGCUGAUCAGCAUGAGAUUGGCGAUCUUGGCCUUGUCGCAGCAAAAAGCCGAUCGAAUCAGCCUACCAUGUUCAAGCCCAAGCCUCUAACAGUGCGGGGCGUGCAGGAAGGUUUGAUGGCGAUUGCGAUAACGGAAGGACAGGGAGCUCAGGGACGCAAGAUUGCGGGAAUUAAGAAACUUCUAUCAGCCGCUGAUACAAAUGGUGCAGGCAAAGGCUCCAAAGGGAUUGACAUCACAAAAGACAAAGGAGGCCCCAGUGAGGCUAAAUUCAUUGUGCGGACUCUUGAGGGGAAGCUGAGACUUGGGCUCGCUGAGAAAACAGUCCUUGUUGCUCUAGCACAAGCCAUGGUUAUCCAUGAGACACAAAGCAAAGGGAAGAAACUUCCAAGUACAGACGAACUCGCCCAAGGUGAAGGAAUAUUAAAAUCCGUUUACAGUGAGCUUCCAAGCUACGAGGUAAUUAUCCCAGCAAUGUUGGAGCACGGUAUCUUCAGACUACGCGAAAACUGCAAGUUACAGCCAGGUGUGCCUCUCAAACCCAUGCUUGCGAAGCCAACAAAAGCCAUCACCGAAGUCCUUGAUAGGUUUGAAGGUAAAAGCUUUACUUGUGAGUACAAAUACGAUGGAGAACGGGCGCAGAUCCACUACGUGUCGCCGGAUUCGACCAACCAAUAUCUGGUCAAUGGUCCCUCGGGCAAAACGCAAGGUCAUGGCUUGGCAGCGAUAUUCUCAAGAAAUUCGGAGGAUUUGUCAAAAAAGUAUCCGGACGUCCUGGCAAAGCUGAAUACUUGGGUCAAAGAAGGAACACAAAGCUUUGUUCUGGAUUGUGAGACUGUUGCUUGGGAUAUGGAGAAGAAGAAGGUGCUCCCUUUUCAGCAGCUCAUGACGCGAAAGCGAAAAGAUGUCAAGGUUGAAGAUGUAAAGGUAAAAGUGUGCGUCUUUGCAUUUGAUCUGCUAUUUCUGAAUGGCGAAGCUCUUGUCAAGAAGUCUCUCAACGAGCGUCGAGAUCUGAUGCGAAACUCAUUUUCAGAAGUUGAAGGAGAGUUCUCCUUUGCUCAGUUUGGCAAUACGAACGACCUAGAAGAAAUUCAGCAUUUGCUUGACGAGAGUGUAAAGGCUUCAUGCGAAGGGCUGAUGGUGAAGAUGCUCGAUGGAGAGGAGAGCGGUUAUGAGCCAAGCAAGCGAAGCAGGAAUUGGCUUAAGAUCAAGAAGGAUUACCUUUCGGGCAUUGGCGACUCGUUGGACCUCGUCGUGCUUGGCGCAUAUUUUGGCCGAGGAAAGCGUACUUCUGUCUACGGCGCCUUUCUUUUGGCGUGUUACAAUCCCAAUUCGCAACAGUACGAGACUGUUUGUAAUAUCGGGACGGGAUUUUCAGAAGCAAUUCUAGAAGAGUUUCAUUCCCAGCUUUCUCAGUACGCCAUUGAUCGGCCAAAGCCAUUUUACUCUCAUUCGAAUAUUGUCAAGGAUCAGCCGGACGUUUGGUUUGAGCCCAAGUUUGUCUGGGAAGUCAAGACAGCCGAUUUGACUUUAAGUCCUCGUUAUAAAGCCGCUGCCGAUCAACUCAGCGACGGCACCGGUAAAGGUAUCAGUCUGCGUUUUCCGCGCUUCAUAAAGCAAAGGGAUGACAAGAAGCCCGAUCAAGCGACAAGCAGUCGAAUGGUUGCGGAAAUGUAUCGAAAGCAAGAGAGUAUCACAAAAUCUCGGGGCCCUGCCGUCGACGACGACUUUGAAUACUAGCUUAUGCGCCUUGGCAUGUCGAAGACAUAUUAUCGCUCCGCCUGGUUCCAUCGGACAUGUAUAGAUUAUCCAUAGUUUCGCCCACGAUAGCAAUGAUAUGAUUUCUCUUUCACAAGCAUUCGCACGUGGGCUCGCGAGCUGCAGAGAGCUAGUGGCAUCACAAUACUCUUUACCCCUCAUCAGACCCUGUUUUUCGUUCAAGCCAAGUUAGCGAAUGUUGUCCGAAGAGCGCGGAGCUCUAGAUCGAAGUGGCAGUUUAUGACGAGCUGGUUGUUUGACCUGCCGAGAUUAGCUUGGCUCGUGGGCAGAGCGGUGUGCGGACCU